GUAGACCCGGUGGUUGCCAUGCGAUGUCGACGCCGAGCCCGAGACUUCGACAUUACAGGACAAUGACGGCCAUCUGUUUCGUGUGUAACCUUCCGAUACUGAGCCAUCAAGUCGGCUUAGUGUGGCAGGGAGGAAAUGGCUGGGAUGAUCUUAUGCGCGAACAGGUCGAGGAAUUGACUUUGAAGCAUCGACUAGGAACAGGAAGAAGAGACUCAGCAGCCCAAAUCGGAGCGCCGCUAUCUCCGCCAAACGAAACCCAAGAAUGUUCUCCGACGCAUCAUGGUCGUCGCCGGCGCUCGAGUCUUGCGGACAUUUUGCGAGACUGGAGCAGCGGAGGGAACUCGAACAAGAACAAAUCCGGCAACAAGCUCUGUCGGCGAGAAACCCUGGCAGACAUCGCGAAAUCCUUGCCCUGGUCCCGUCAGCAAACGACCGAUGGGCACGCCGCGAGUAUGAGAAAGCGCCGCGAAAGCUCUGUCGACAGCGGAAUCAAAAGCUCGGUCACCAGCAAGUCCAGGAGAGACUCGGCUAUAAGUGAUCUCAAAAAUGACUUCGCCAAACUUUGGAACAAGAAAGAGCAGCCUCAGCAACCUACUGUCAUUUCUCCGACUCCGACUGGACGCCGAGGAUCCAGCGAGUCGAAAUACUCGCGGAGAGGCUCCGGGGAAAGCGCGAGAACGAGGCGGGAUAGUGUUGUCGGCGGUCCGGCUGGGGAACGCAAGCAUCAGUGUCGUCAUCACAAGCGCAAACAAUCACAGCAAUCUCAGAUUUCCCUUGAUGCCGGAGCUAUUACACCAACCAAGUACUAUCGGAUGGAUCAGAGGCCCAGUGCUUCUAGCACUGACAGCUCUGCUUCUGCUGCUGUUAGAGAACACUUAGAAGCCCAAAGAAGCUCGUCAGAGCGGCAAGAAUCAAAGAACUUCCUGACGCCGGAAACGAAAUCCUUCGGGACAGACCCAAAGCCGCCGUCAAUGGAGAACAUUAAAGCGGAGAAAAACUACCUGACUUUGGAGCCGGGGGUGAACACACCAACGAUAAUAAUGUCAUCUACGACGCCUCCGUCAAUAUCGCCCACACUAAACAACUUGCCGCUGCCCGGGGCCUCGAUGUCCGGCGGACUGAGUCCCGUGGGCUCCCCCAGUGUCCACAACACGCCCAACCACCCUCUUCUGACGACCCGCCGCGACUCGACGACCCAGUGCUACUACGGCAAGGGGAAGGAGGUCUCCUCGAGCAAGCUGUCAAGGUUGACGCGUCAGGCCGCCACGAUCGACGAGUCGCCCUCGGGGCGACGCAGCAGCCAGCCUACGCUCUCGCCCGAUCCGGAUGACGGAGGGCGCAAAGCGAGACGGGACUCGCUCAGUCCGGACUCGGCUUCUUACUCCAGGCGAAGGGACUCCAAAAACAGUUCAUCAUGCUCCUCAAGAGACCCGAGUCCUUGCGCGCGAGGUCUUGGGAGCAUUCAACACGCGCCAAUUAUCCGCCGACAAUCUACUACAGAAGAAAUUCUCAUGUCCCGGGGAUUCAGGCGCCAAAGUACCACCGAGGAAAUGAUAAGGUGUCGUAAUUUCCGCAGACAGAGUUCUCAAAGUGACGACACUGUGCAACGUUACCGCGGCCGAAGAGACAGUUCAGCUCAAAUAACCGACGGAACCUUCCAAUCGAUGACGGUCGAAACAUCGAGUACCUUUUUUGACAGCGGCACGCAAACAGAACCGUCGCCGCCUUACGACAACAAUCACUAUCACGAGGAGUGUCUGAGAUGUAACAGCUGUGGCCUCAAUCUCACGGGACCCAAUCAGAAGAGAGCGAGACGGUUCAAAAAUCAAAUUCUCUGCGACCUGCACUUCGCGGACGUCGCGCUGAUGGAGUGCUCGGACUUCAUGCAGCAAUUGCGCAGCUUUAAGCCUCAAAGUUUGGGCUGCGCAGUGGCCAGGCGAAAGUCUUCAACGACCCUCAUUUUCCCUCUUCCGCCUCAGGCCUGCUCAGAUGAAUUCUGUAAAGAAUUUCCCCACAAUCUAAUCCCGACCCCAGGAUAUUGGAUCGAGUGCUCGCGGCCCCAAAUAACCUCGGACACAAUUUGGGACGAGAGCGAGAGCGACCGUGAUUUCACGGAUCCCGAGCAAGUUGAUGAGCAAGCAGAGUUCGCAAUGAUGAACAAGCGCCGAGACCUGUGUCUGUUUGAGGAGAACGAGCUCGAGGACGAGGAUGUUCCCCGAAAGAAAACCACCAUCGAGGAGCAGUGGGAGAAGAACCAGGGCUUUGAGCUGACCUCCGUCGAGCAGGAAACCUACGAGAAGUACUUCUACGGGUCCGAGCACUGGAAUUACUUCACCAAUGACGAGGACCUGGGCCCCGUGAUCCUCAGCAUCAAGCAGGAGACCAUCAGUGGCCGCGAUCAGUUUAGGAUUCUUGUCAGAGCCAUCAGUUACACCGUUCACGGGCUCAUCCCUGCCAGCUGCGUUUUUGCUGAUAGAUAUAACCGCGAAGAAGUAGUAAAAAGCCUAGGCAAAGAAGUGAACAUAAAUCCGGCAUUGACACUGGGACAGUUGCCAGAUACUCCGGAGGAGCUGCUGAAGCUGGAUCAAGUGUUCAUAAAGUCCGAGCUUAAAGUCGGAGUGAUAUAUGUGCAAGAAGGCCAGUAUACGGAGGAAGAGAUCCUCGACAACAACGACAGCUCCCCUUUUUUCGAGGAGUUCCUUCAGAUUCUCGGGGACAAGAUCCGGCUGAAGGGCUUUGACAAGUACAAAGGCGGUCUCGACACCGUCCAUGACCUCACCGGUCUCUACUCGGUCUACACUAACUGGCGUAACAUCGAGAUCAUGUUCCACGUCUCUACUCUACUGCCUUACGAAAAACACGAUCCUCAAAAGCUUCAAAGGAAGCGACACAUCGGCAACGAUAUCGUCUGCGUGGUGUUCCUUGAGGCGGACAAUACACAAUUCAGCCCCGCUUGUAUAAAAUCUCAUUUCCUCCACACUUUUAUCAUCGUGCGUGUCAGUCCGAGAAUAAAGAGGAAAAUUACGAGAUACGAGGUCUCUGUUGUCACCAGAGAUGAAGUCGGCGCUUACAAACCCUAUUUGUGGGAGCAAAGUGUCUUUGAGAAAGGUCAAAUGUUCCGCGAAUGGAUUUUAACAAAAAUAGUAAACGGAGAGCGCGCAAGUUACUCAGCUCCGAAAUUCGCGCGAAUGCAAGAGCGAACCCGAAGCCAGAUGCUCGAGGACAUAGUAGCUAAUCUAGCGAACCACGCGGAAACCGGGCAAAUUCCUAAGCCUUACCGCCGAGGAUCCUGGCGACCUAUCGGCCACAUGAGACCGUCCUCGCCGCUCCUGGACUCAGUGAGAGACCAGUUCGAGGACUACGAUCAGCUGGCUAAAGAUUUCACGAGAGUCUUCCUAAACAAUGCGGAUAACAUUCAGUUACACGCGAACCUCUUCGAUGUUGCUUUUCUAGUUCCCGGGCAGCAGAAGCAGAAAGUUAGGUUUAUUGGUGUGCGUGCGAUCCUUGGAGUUCGCAGUAGGGUAUUCCAAGAAAUGCUGUACGGAAUCCAAACCGGGUUUGGCAGUCCUCAAGUCCCCGUUGCGGAGCUACUUGCGAGACCUGCGCCAACUUUACUCAGUCCACAGAAACCAAAGAGCUCAAACUUUUUACAAGUUCCUGACAUUGAAAGCCCUAGGCCCAAAAGUGUGCCCUCGUCGCCGAUGGUAAAAAGAGCGUUUUCGAGGCUCGGGACCAUCACCGCCGGCUGGGGGAGAAGUAUAAGGAAACACGGGAGCAAUACGCUACAAGUUGAGGACAGGAAAAGGUGGACAUCUUCUCAAGACUGCAGUAACAAAGAAGCAAAAGAAAAGGAAAAAGCUGCCCAGUCACUAGCAGUUCCUCGACUGAGUGUUUGUGCUGACGCGCAGAAAGUCGACCGUGCUAAAUUGGCUCAAACUGAAUUUGACAUAAUUGAGUUUGACCCCGAAACUUUUGGAAUUUUGUUAGACUACUUGCACACGGGGUCUUGUCCUUUGACCUGCAGCAACAUUCCAGGAUUAAUUUGCGCCGCAGAGCACUACGACCUCCCGGACUUGCUCCAGGCCUGCUUUCACCACGCCAAGCAGUUCCUCAGGAUUGAGAUAGUUUGCGUGAUGCUCUGUGCCCUGGAAAAUUACUACUGGCGCUACACCUCCGCCUCGGAGCUGGUGAACAUGAUCCUCGCGUUCGUGGAGACUCGGGCGUACCAACUCUUCCAGAGUCCCCAUUUUCUCACCCUCAGCGAGAGCAUGGUCCAGACAAUAAUGUGCCGCGGGUUAGAAGUUGUUGAAAUUAAAAAAUUCGAGGCGAUGCUCAGUUGGGCCAAGCACAGAAUUAAAACCAAGUCUUCUAAAGUCGACGCUAAGCAUGAAUUUAAAUCAAACUCCGGAAUUUACCGAAAUGUCGACACUUACUUAGAAGACUACCAGAAGAGGAUACAAAAUCAAGAGAAAAUUAAUCAAAAUUGUAAUUCAAGUUUUUCGUAUACUCAAUACUCAAUUUACAAGCUAAAAAUAAAUUAUAUAAAAACGGACAAAUAUAUAAAAAAAAAAAAAGGUUAUGCCAAUAUUGACAAUCUGUAUUAUAUAAAUAAU